AGAGGGGGAAUCCGGAGAGGCACAAAACAUGUCCUGUCAAAACUGUAUGUUUCAAAGUAUGCUAGAAUGGCAGUUAAAACCCUUCAAGAAACUAUUUUCCAGCAGUAAAAUAUAACGUGAGAGUUUACAACAAUUUGUUACCUCACUGAGAACUUGUGUUAACCACCGUUGCUGCUGUCAGUGAACGCAUCAUCACAGCAACGUUGGAUUAUAGCUCGGUACGCGUGACGUCACAGGCUGGGUUCGCUAAUUCUGAUUUAGAAAUAUUAAUCUGAGACAUUUGGACAACAGACACUGCAAACGUCAGCUUCUCUGCCAACUCGUGUUUCUUGUCGGUGACAGUGAGACGUCAGGAUGUCCUACAUGAGCGCAGACAGCAGCUGGUCCCAGCCCAGGGACUUCAGCAGCCUCAUCCACACAUGCAGCUCCAACAUCCAGAAGAUCAGCCAGAACUCUGGUCAGAUGAAAAACCUCCUCAACCAACCGGGACAGAGACAGGAGAGCUCCGAGCUGAAGGAGAAGCUCCAACAGCUCCAGCACUACACCAACCAGCUGGCUAAAGAAACCAACAGACACCUGAAGGAACUGGGGGCACUGCCCCCCCCACUGUCUCCAUCAGAACAGAGGCAGCAGAAGCUUCAGAGGGAGCGUUUGAUGAACGAUUUCUCUGCAGCCCUCAACAACUUCCAGGUGGUUCAGCGGAGGGCAGCGGAGAGAGAGAAGGAGUCCGUGGCCAGAGCCCGGGCCGGGUCCAGAGUGCUGGGAGAUGGAGGCAAUGUGACUGACCAGCUGGUUACAUAUGAAGAUGAAGAUGAGUGGAGUGAGAGCCAGACUCAGACUGAGGAGCCCCCCAUCACAGAGGAGGACCUGGAGAUCAUCAGGGAGAGAGAGACCAACAUCAGACAGCUGGAGGCCAACAUCAUGGACGUGAACCAGAUCUUCAAGGACCUGGCUGUGAUGAUCCACGAUCAGGGGGAGAUGAUCGACACCAUAGAGGCCCAUGUGGAGAGUGCUGAGGUGCAUGUAGACAGGGGGACCGUCCAGCUGCAGAAGGCUUCCUAUUACAAGAGGAAGUCCCGUAAGAGGAUGUGCAUUCUGUCCAUGGUGCUGUCGCUGGUGCUCAUCAUCUUCAUCAUCAUCAUCUGGCAGGCACUCAAAUAAGAGGAGACGCACCUUCAGAGGACCUCCAGUGUGUGUGUGUGUGUGUGUGUGUGUGUGUGUGUGUGUGUAUGACAGAGAGACAAAGAGUGUUUUAUGUGUGUAAAUGAGUUUAAAGAUUCUAACACACUAACAGCUAACCGCGCCCCUUUAUCCAGCCACAGUGUGUCUGACUGUGGCUGGAUUUAUAAAUGUUUUUAUGUUCUGGGUGUUUUUAGGCUAACAGCAAACCAAAUCUGCCAAUAUGUUGUGGUAUAUUAAACUAUUUUUAUUUCUCUGUCUAAAAUCGUCAAGUGUUCAGUGUUUUUGGGACACUAAAACUCCACUGAGACUACUAUUAUUUAUACAGCCACUCUGUGUGUGUGUGUGUGUGUGUGUGUGUGUGUGUGUGUGUGUGUGUGUGUGUGUGUGUGUGUGUGUGUGUGUGUGUGUGUGUGUGUGUGUGUGUGUGUGUAAUAAACACUACAUUCCAACACAUAAAAAGUACAUUUCCUUCAGUGUAACCUUUGUCGCUACUGUAGGACGGUGUCAGAUGCAAUCUUUUUUACAGUAUGUGACCCUGUGUUGUUUGAAUAUGAAGUUUGUUUGCAGUAUAAGGAGUGUUUUCCCAAUGCGAAUGUAAAAGGAAAUAUCAAGUGUUUCGGUCUGUCCUGAGAAAUUAGUUUGGUCCUCUGUAUGUGCCCAGCUGAGAGAGAAUAUAAAACAGUUCAAGUGCUGCACAUGUCAUGUCUCAUUUUGUCCACCAGAGGCACCAGCUGCCCUGAUCUUAAAGAGGCCCUAUUAUACUUCGUGGGGUUUUCCUUUUCUGUAGUGUGUUAUAGAGAUGUUUGUUCAUGUAAAGGGUCUGCAAAGGCUAAAUAAAAUACAAAUAAACAGCAAAAUGUACUUCAGUCCAAAAUCAAAACAUACUAUAUUUUAUAAUAUAGCAAUUAUAAUUGCUGAUGCAUUCAUCAGUUUAUCAUUUUAAUUUUGCAGCUGUUAAAGGAUAAGAUAACACUGGAGUCUGAAGACCUGCUGCACCCGCCCUUGCACGAUGUCUUUCCCGCCCGUUCAACUGCAAUGUCUUCUUAUUAGGCAUAACCAUUUUGUCAUUAAAAUAAACUUGUUGACAACUCUCA